AUGAUCCAACGAGUAUUUUCAAGAUCUAUUCACUAUAGUAGACCAGCACAAAAUCUAAACAACGUACGUUUAACGUUGUUUUCUAAAGCCAAUUGUGGUUUGUGCACGAAGGCCAAGACUGUUUUAAGUUCUGUUCUUGAGGAAGACAAAUAUAAAGAUAAGGUGCAGCUCAAUUUAAUUGAUAUUGAUUCUCCAAAUAAUAAGGAAUGGUGGGACAAAUAUUGUUUUGAUAUUCCUGUUCUGCAUAUAGAAAACAACAAAUCAGGUGAGAUAUCGAAGAUAUUUCAUAAGAUGACAGAAUCAGAGGUUAAAGAUGGUAUUCAUGAAAUGGAAUAA